AUGAAUCCGAUUGCGAAUGCGGCUAUACCUAUUAUCCCUCCUGUUGCUACGCCCAAUUUGCUAGUCGGACUGCCACAUAUGGCAGCUCCUGGAGCUUUGCCUUCCGUAACUCCAGCUGUUGUCAUGCCCCAAGCUGUUACACACAUGCCAGAAUCAAUUGGACAACCAAAUAAUACCAUAUACAUAAACAAUCUGAAUGAAAAGACAAAACGUGAUGAAUUGAAGAAAUCCCUAUACGCAGUUUUUGUUCAAUUUGGUCAAAUACUGGACAUCAUUACAUCACGAACACUCAAAAUGCGUGGUCAAGCUUUUGUUGUCUUUGAUGAUAUCAAUAGUGCGUCCACGGCACUUCGGGCAAUGCAAAGCUUUCCAUUGUAUGAAAAACCCAUGCGAAUACAUUUUGCCAAAGUUGAUUCAGAUGUCAUUGCUAAACGUAAAGGCACAUUUGUACAACGACCAAAAGCUGCAUCAAGAGCAGCAGCUGCGGUCGCUGCUGCUGCGGUCGCUGCUGCUGCCGAAGCCGCAGCUUCUGCUGCUGCAAUUAAUUCAGCCGGUCCACAAGGAGGCACUAGUGCUAGAGCUAUCCGUAGAAGACAACAAAGAGCUGCAGCAGCCGCUGCUCUCGCUGCCGCUGCCGCUGCAGCUUCGGCCUCAGCUAACAAUGAUACCAUCGGUGAAACAAAUUCUAAUGGUGUCGAUCAAAAUAAUAGUUAUCGUCCUCCUCCACCACCACCGACUGUGAAUCCAGCAACUAUUCCAGAUCAACCACCUAAUAAGAUUUUAUUCUUAACUAACUUACCGGAUGAUUCUGACGAAGCAAUGUUAAGUAUGCUUUUUGGACAAUUCACUGGCUAUCGAGAAGUUCGUAUGGUUCCAGGAAGACAUGAUAUUGCUUUUGUUGAAUUUGGUAAUGAAGUAGAGGCAUCAGCUGCAAAACUUGGCCUUCAAGGUUUUAAUAUUCGACCCGGUCAAGCUAUACGUAUUACUUUUGCGAAGAAAUAA